AUGUCUAGCACAAGUGAAAAUAACUCAUCACCCAUAAAGGUGAUCACCCCACAAGAAGGUGGAUCCGCCUCAUCCAAAGAUUUAACCAUGUACGCCUUAGAAGACGGUCGUCAAGUAUCUACGAGAGAUAGGGUGGUCCCCGCAGUGAAGAAAAUUACCUCACACAGACCUACGGAUGAAGAUGUCUUCAAUGCCAAGACAGGUCUACCUAACCAUAAAUUUAUCAGGGAUCAUUUUGCUCAAGAGGGGAGACUCACUGCAUCACAAUUAAGUAAGAUUUUAAUGAUGGCCACGCGUGUCUUAUUUGAAGAACCGAACGUCCUCGAGGUGCCUUCUCCGGUGACUGUUUGUGGUGAUAUCCAUGGGCAAUAUUUUGAUCUUUUGAAAUUGUUUGAAGUUGGUGGUGACCCCACAGAUGGGAAAACUAAGUAUCUUUUCCUAGGAGAUUAUGUGGAUAGAGGUGUUUAUUCGUUGGAAUGUUUGAUUUAUCUUUAUUCUUUGAAAUUGAAUUUUAAAGAUUCCAUUUGGUUGUUAAGAGGGAAUCACGAAUGUAAACAUUUGACCUCUUAUUUCACUUUUAAAAAUGAAAUUUUACAUAAAUAUAAUGCCAAAAUUUAUGAUGAAUGUUGUCAAUCUUUUAACGCGUUGCCGUUGGCUGCUAUUAUGAAUGGACAAUAUUUCUGUGUUCAUGGGGGGAUUUCACCUCAUUUGAAAACUAUUGAUGAUAUUAGGAAAUUGGAAAGGUUUAAUGAAAUCCCAUCUGGAGGAUUGAUGUGUGAUCUUGUUUGGGCAGACCCCAUUGAAGAUUAUGAUGAAGAAAAUGCUGAUGACGAUGAUAAAUUGUUUAUUCCAAACGAAGUUAGAGGUUGUUCAUAUGCGUUUACUCACAAGGCUGCCUGUCAAUUCUUACACAAUAAUGGGUUGUUAUGUAUAAUUAGAGCUCAUGAGGCACAGGAUGCUGGUUAUAGAAUGUACAAGAAUAAUGAUGCUUUGGGGUUCCCCAGUUUAUUAACUUUAUUCAGUGCUCCAAAUUAUUGUGAUACGUAUCAAAAUAAAGCUGCCAUUUUGAAAUUUGAAAAUAACGUCAUGAAUAUUCGUCAAUUUAAUUUCACUCCUCAUCCAUAUUGGUUACCUGAUUUUAUGGAUGUUUUCACUUGGUCUUUACCAUUUGUUGGUGAAAAAGUAACAGAAUUAUUGGUAUCCAUAUUAAACAUUUGUACUGAAGAGGAACUAGAAGAACCAUUAAAACCUGCUGAAAUAUCAAAAGCUGUCAAAGAAGGUAAAUCGAUUGCUAAUACGAAAAAAACCACAGAACCAGUUACAGGUGUCACCACUACCACUACAACUACAUCCCCCAUGGCAAAACGAUCUAUAUUAGAUGAUGAGCAUAAAAGAAGAGCAUUACGAAAUAAAAUAUUGGCCAUAGCUAAAGUUUCAAGGAUGUAUUCUGUCCUAAAAGAAGAUAGUGAAAAAGUUAAACAUUUAAAGGCGAUGAAUGCAGGUGUAUUACCACGUGGUGCAUUAGCUCAUGGGUCUGAAGGGUUAGAUGAAACCUUAACUGCUUUUGAAAAAGCUAGAAAGCAAGAUUUAAUUAAUGAAAAAUUACCGCCAAAUUUAAAUGAGGCUAAAUUAGAAAACAAAAUUUUUUAUCAAGAAAUGUUAAAGAAAGCUGCCACUGCAAAGCAAAAUAGUACGGAUAAAAAUACACAUGCAUCUGAUAUACCCAAAUGA